CAUCUCUUUCUUCAGACCGCAUCGCGCGGAACCGCAAGACCAUUGUGUGCCCAAUGAUUGAUGUGAUUGACCACGACGACUUUCGGUACGAGACACAGGCUGGGGAUGCCAUGAGGGGUGCCUUUGACUGGGAGAUGUACUAUAAGCGGAUCCCGAUCCCUCCAGAGCUGCAGAAAGCUGACCCCAGUGACCCAUUUGAGUCCCCCGUGAUGGCCGGCGGACUGUUUGCCGUGGAUCGGAAGUGGUUCUGGGAGCUGGGUGGGUACGACCCAGGCUUGGAGAUCUGGGGAGGGGAGCAGUAUGAAAUCUCGUUCAAGGUGUGGAUGUGUGGGGGCCGCAUGGAGGACAUCCCUUGCUCCAGGGUGGGCCACAUCUACAGGAAGUAUGUGCCCUACAAAGUCCCUGCUGGAGUCAGUCUGGCCCGGAACCUUAAGCGAGUGGCGGAGGUGUGGAUGGACGAGUACGCCGAGUACAUUUACCAGCGCCGCCCGGAGUACCGCCACCUCUCGGCCGGGGACGUGGCGGCCCAAAAAAAGCUCCGCAGCUCCCUGAACUGCAAGAGUUUCAAGUGGUUCAUGACCAAGAUCGCCUGGGACCUGCCCAAAUUCUACCCGCCCGUGGAGCCCCCGGCUGCGGCUUGGGGGGAGAUCCGCAACAUGGGCACAGGGCUGUGUGCAGACACGAAGCAUGGGGCCCUGGGCUCCCUGCUGAGGCUGGAGAACUGUGUCAGGGGCCGCGGGGAGGCUGCCUGGAACAACAUGCAGGUAUUCACCUUUACCUGGAGGGAGGACAUCCGGCCUGGAGACCCCCAGCACACCAAGAAGUUCUGCUUUGAUGCCAUCUCCCACACCAGCCCAGUCACCCUCUAUGACUGCCACAGCAUGAAAGGCAACCAGCUGUGGAAAUACCGCAAAGACAAGACCCUGUACCACCCUGUCAGCGGCAGUUGCAUGGACUGCAGCGAAAGUGACCACAGGAUCUUCAUGAACACCUGCAACCCCUCCUCUCCCACCCAGCAGUGGCUGUUUGAACACACCAACUCAACAGUCUUGGAAAAUUUCAAUAGAAACUGAGCCUUCAUGUCCCCUUGGCAGGCCCAGCGGGGUACCCUCUGGCACUCACUGCAGGCUUCCUCUCCUGAGGGAGGCAGUGCCUCUGUGGGCACCAUGGUGUAAAAGGUGCUGUCCAAACAGUUCCAGGUGAAGAGGGCUCUUGAAACUGGAGCAAGAGAUCUGCCUGGUCCUUGAGCCCCUGAGUCAUGGGGUGGGGUGGAGAGCAUGCCCCACUAGAGACCCCAUAAGAGAGCAGAGCCUGCUCUAAUCCCUGCUGGCAUCGUGGAAAAGCAGGGGGGCCUUUUUAACUUUGUCUCCAUGUCCCCUUGGGCACUGUGCAAGAGAAUACCAGGGCAGCCCUAGGCCACCCAAAAAUGAGUCCUGCAAGGUUGCCCAGACCGCAUGUGGCUCUCAUAUGUGACGGUGCUUUAGAAAGAGAGGCAACGUUUGUCUGUCUGGGGCGGCUGUUAGCACCAAUGCCACCCAUCUGCAGCAGAAGGGAAAGCCCUUCUAGGAACCUUUUAGUUUCUGCCUGUGACUGAAGUUACAUGCCCAGCUUCUGUUCUCUGUCACAGCCUCAGGUGAUGUAGUCAAAGGCCAUACCUGGGGCUCUCAGAGGGUUUAGUACUGAAUGCUGGCCAGCUGCCAGGCAUGGGUCAGAAGAGGGACCCCAGACAUUCCUUUGCAGCCAAGGGUAUGUGGGAUGUCUACCCUGCUCUCUGGAUAUUUGAAAUGCUCAUUUUAGUGCUCUGCAGCCACCAGGGAAGCCCAGCCACCAGCUUUUCAGGGCUUGGUUCAGAUUGCCUUGGGCCCAUGAAAAAGGACAAGUAGAAGACCUCCAAACUAGAAAUGCUGGCUGAAUUUCCCUAAUCCAUGCUUCUACUUCCCUUUCUCUCUUUCCCGGGCAAUUACCUGCCUCAGGAGAGGAGCUGAGGUGCUGCAAGGUGCUCACCUCACAGUCUGGAGCCUCCAGGAUCAACCGUGGGCACGGUGCCUAGCCUCUGACCUCACGAUGGUUCUAGUUCUCAUAUGAAACUCUAGAAUUUUUAAAGAACUCUAUAAUUUGAUUACAAAACUAGAAUGCUACAUGUGAUUCUGGUUUUUUAGCAUCCAUUGUGGAUUUCUAGAAUGCUGUGAUUCAAGCAGCCAGCCAGGUAUAAUAUAGUGAAGGUAGCCCCAGCUCAGAAACAAUCUGUGAAAUCUAAAGUUGGUGGUGUUGGACGGAGGGAGCAGGGGGACCUGUGUCCAUCAGCUCUUACCAGAGGCUUUGGUACAACGUGAUCUUCAGGAAGACCUGGAGCCCUGGAACCUCCCACCAUCAUCACAGCUAUAGACUCAUUUGCAGUGGAGAGACAAAGCCAAUAUCUCACUACCAGAUGGACACCCAGCUCCAUGCCAGCCUUUCAUGUUUACCUUUUGCUUUGUUAAUUAUAUGUCAGAUUUUCACCAGAGGGCUUCCAAACUAAUAGAAAGCAUUUCUUUAACCAACCUGCUACUCACUGAUUCAGAAAUGGAAAUCACAUUCCACAAUCUAUGGCUUCCACCAGCUAGCCUAGGAAAUACUUGCAAUCAGUAUUCCAAUUAGAGUUGUGUUUCUCAAUUGUGUCAUUUCCCAAUUAAAUAACUGAGACAUAAAUCUGGGAACAGAGCCACAAAUCUGCCUUUGAGAUGCUGGCUGAUCAAGGCCUUCGAUUAUCUGGGGGAGGAAAGGAUAAACACUCCAAGCCACCACCACCCAGAUUGAGCGUGUAGCUGGCAAAGGAUCACUUCCACUUCUGCCCAGCACAAGCCCUGCUCUGGCCCCCUGUCCACAGAAGAGGCGGCCCCUGUGCUUGCAAAGCCUGCUGGUUGAUCCCUAGGGUCCCCUUCCAAAUGAGUGCUAUACCUCUUUAGAAGUGGACCUCUAUAGAAGUCAAAAGAUGAGGCCCCUUCUAGAAUCUUGGGUAACAAGCAUUGCAGUUUGGGGAGCUGAAUUAAGAUUCAUCAGCAGAGAGCAAUGCAGCAUCAUUAAAAUAAAAACUGUGCCUUUUAAAAAAGAAAAUGCAAAUGUAUAGCAAAUCCCUAAACUUGAA